CAAUGCCGACCCAACUAUAGGUUUGACGCCACAGCACAGGCCUGUCUGGCCUUUAACUGCACCAAAGACUCCGACUGUUGGACUAAUGGCGACGAGAAUCGCGAGUGUAUUGAAGGUGUUUGUGAAUGCAAUUUUCAAGAGGACUCGGAGUCGACCAAAUGCUACCUUUCGUUGUAUUCAUUGUUUCGCAUCAAAAACUAUACGACCCGUAAAGAGGGACUCCUAUUGUGUACGAUAUUUAUUAUCCCUUCGAUUGCUAUCUAUUGUCUGUAUAACGAGGCGAAGAAGAGACGGAUCAAGCGUUUACUCAGACAACGAAUAAUGGAGAAAAAUCAGAUGAAUAUUAAUUAUUUGUAUUUAACUAAAAAUCAAGAGCUCAAAGAUGUGCCACAAAAAUCGUAA